AUGUCAAAAAAAAUUAUAAAUGAGAAGAUUAAAGAGGAGAAAAGACUUGCAAAAACUGCUGCUAAUGAAGCUAUUCUUUAUGAAAUGCUUAACACUGAAGAAAGUGGGUAUAUUGAUACUGGUAAUCUUACUAAAACUUACGAAUUAUCACAAGAAUACAUAAAAAAUAAUAUCAGCCAGAAAGUAAAAGACUUAUGUUUUAACUUGAAUAUGAACAUAGGGCCCAUUUAUUGUAAAUAUACACGUGAUGGCAGAUAUCUUAAUUUACGUAAUAAUAAAGGAUUUUUUUCAUCGUUAGACACACAUAAAAUGAAUCUACAUUUUGAAACAGAUAUCGAAGAUACUGUGUAUGAUUCUACUUAUCUUCAUAAUGAGGAUUUUAUUGCACUGGCUCAGUCGAAUUGUGUUUUUAUUUAUAAUAAACAGGGUGUUGAGGUGCAUGCAGUGAGAGAUAAUUCUAACGCUAAACAUCUUGAAUAUCUACCUUAUCAUUUUUUAUUAGUAUCGGCAUCUUCUGAUGGUUUUUUAAAGUACCAAGAUACCACAAAUGGAAAAAUUGUUAGUACAGUUCAUAUUAAAGAUAAGUAUAUUACUAAUUUAAAACAAAAUAAAGCCAAUGCGCUGAUUUAUACGGGUCACAAAAAUGGUGUAGUUUCUAUUUGGAGUCCUAAUUGUAAAAAUUAUGUGUCAAAGAUGUUGUGUCAUAAAAUUGCCAUCAGUGGCUUGGAAAUUGAUAGAUCAGGCACUUAUUUGUAUACUACAAGUAUUGAUUCAAGUAUUAAAGUUUGGGACAUUAGAAAACUUUAUGAACCAGUUAAUACUGUUAAAUUUAGCAAUUGUUUUACGUCUACCUCUUUGAGCCAACAUUCAGUUUUGGCCGCUUCGUAUGGAGACAAAGUAGCUAUUUUUAAUAAAUUAAAUAUAGCAAAUAAAAAAGAUGUCAUGUAUUUGAGACAUCGGGAGGUUGGUAAAAAUAUUACUAGUCUUGUAUUUAAAAAUUAUGAAGAUAUUUUAACUAUCGGUCAUACAAAAGGGAUUAGUAAUAUAGUUGUACCAGGAGCAGGAGAUCCUGUAUAUGACACAUUAGAAGAUUCACCUUUUAUUACAAAAAGACAAAAGCAAGAUAAAGAAGUUAAAAUGUUACUAGAUAAGAUUCCAUAUACAUUUAUUGGUAAAGACCUACUAGCGAUAAAUGAAAAGAUAGAGUCGAAGGUAUCUAAACCAAAGUAUAAAUAUGUUGAGGAAGAAGAUAAACUUAAAAUAUUGCUAUCUAAAUAUUUAAAUAAUAAACAAUGA